AAUGUGGGUAUUGACAAUCAGUCAGACUUCAGAUCUGUGAAAACUGUGAAGAACCAAAGUCAGCUCUUGUGUCACCAUUUCAAAUUACCCCCACACUGUGUUUCACUGUUUUGUCCAUUAAAAAGGAAAAAAUUUGAUUUUUUUGCAUUACUAAAGUCGCAAUUACGGUCCUUUUCUUAAGUGUGCUUAGACCUAGCCUCUUCUUUUGUGUUUGAAAAUUUAAAGCUAGGCAUCUAGUUUUAAAAUGGGAAGACCCAUUUUCAGAAAAAAAAUUGUAUUAAAUUGAUUUUGGUUUCACAGGGAGUCCUUUCUUGCUUCACUUUCAAGUGAUGGGUUUUUGAUAGACAGUCUCUUCUAGGGUUUUCAUUGUGAGCUUUUUUGGUUCAAAGGUGUUGAAGUACUGAAGAAGUUUCUUUCUUCGUUUCAGAGUGUAUUGUAUACGAUCUAGGGAUUUGAUGUCCUUUGAUUGAGUGUUUAAUUGGGGCUUACUGGUGGUGAUUGCUUCAUUUGCAAGUUGUCAAUGGGGUAUUUACAUUUUUUGUUUUUGGAGGUGUUUUGCUGGUGGGUUUGAAAUUUCUUCAUUUAGGGUUUAUUUUCACUUUCUAUGAGAGGCGCUUGUUUUACCCCCACACAAGUGUGAAUUUGGGUUUUAGUGCUGAUUGCUUCAAUUACAAGUUGAUAUUAUUUGGGUUUCCGUUUGUGGAUUUGCGAGGUGUUUUGGGAUGUGGGCUGAGGUUUCUUCAUUUGGGUUUUCUGUCUCUAUAAGAAGCAGCUGACUUUUUCUAUAGAUUUGAUUUCAAGUGGGUGUUGAAGAUCUCAAUGGUUGUGUGUUGGUGAUUGUUGCUUUACUUUCAAGCGUUUUGUUACUUGGGGUGUUUUGUGGUUUCUGAGGUGUUUGCCAUUUUGGUUUCCUACUCAUUUUUGAAAAGCAGUUUUGGUUUCCUACUCAUUUUUGAAAAGCAGUGGAAGUUCAAUCAUCUCAAAUUGAACUGAGUUUAUGGUGGUGUUGGUCUUGGUUUGAACUCGGUAUUUCUUUGAUUUCAGGAAUGGUAUCCUUGGGGUUUAUUCCAAUGACUUUCCUCAAAUGGGCAUUCUUGGCUUGUUUUGUUUGCUCAUGUUUGGGUCUUCAAACCCUAAGCCAACCCUGUGAUCGGAAUGAUUUGCAGGCACUGAAGGAAUUUAGAGGAAACCUCACCAGUGGGUCUAUUAUCAAAGCAUGGUCCGAAGAUUCUGUUUGCUGUAACUGGGAUGGUGUUGCUUGUGAGCAUGGCGGUAAUGGGUCAGCUGCAGGUAUAGUGACAAUGUUGAAUUUGUCCGGCAAAGGUUUAAGAGGGGUGAUUUCGAAUUCUUUGGGCAGCUUACCUCAGUUGAAACUGCUUAAUCUUUCAUGUAAUCAUUUGGAAGGUGCAUUGCCCAUGGUUAUUUCGAAUUUGAAGCAGUUGGAAGUUCUUGAUUUGAGUCAUAACAUGUUAGCGGGACCGGUGUUGGGAGCUCUUGGUGGAUUGAAAUCCAUCCAAUCAUUUGAUAUUUCAAGCAAUUCAUUCAAUGGGCACUUGCUUGAUCUUGGGGGGUUUCCGAAUGUUGUUGUAUUCAAUGUAAGCAACAAUUCAUUUGCCGGCGAAUUCAGUUCUCGAAUGUGCAAUUCCUCCAAGAAGAUUCAGAUUCUUGAUCUAUCAAUGAACCAUUUCACUGGUGGGCUUGAAAGUUUGGCCAAUUGCAGCACCUCUCUGCAGCGGUUGCACGUGGAUAUCAAUUCAUUUUCAGGCAACCUUCCUGACUUCUUGUAUUCAAUGUCUUCUUUGGAGCAGCUUUCAGUCUCUGCCAACAAUUUCUCUGGCCAGCUAAGCAAGAAACUCAGUAAGCUUUCCACCCUUAAAACCUUUGUUUUAUAUGGAAACCGAUUUUCAGGUCCACUUCCAGAUGUAUUUGGCGCACUCACACACUUAGAACAGUUUAUUGCACAUUCAAAUUCGUUCUCCGAGCUAUUGCCCUCCACCCUGACACUCUGCUCAAACCUACGGGUGCUUGAUCUCCGGAACAAUUCUCUAUCCGGUCCUAUCAGUAAUAUUGAUUUCACCGGAUUGCCUCAUCUCUGGAUGCUUGAUCUCGCCACUAAUAAUUUUUCUGGUGUCUUGCCGGAAUCACUGUCCCGUUGCCAAGAACUGAAAAUAUUGAGUCUUGCCAAGAAUGAGUUGAGUGGCCAGAUUCCAGAGAGCUAUGUGAACCUCACAUCCCUUUUGUUUCUCUCAUUGUCAAAUAACAGUUUUACGAAUCUGUCUGUGGCACUAUCUGUUCUGCAGCAAUGCAGAAAUCUCACUACUCUCAUCCUCACAAAGAACUUCCAUGGAGAAGAAAUCCCGGAAAAUGUGAGUGGGUUUGAGCGCUUGAUGAUUUUUGCAUUAGGGAAUUGUGCCCUUAAUGGCCAAAUCCCAGUUUGGUUAUCGAAUUGCAGGAAAUUAGAAGUCCUUGACUUGUCUUGGAAUCAUUUGAAUGGCAGUAUCCCUCCUUGGAUUGGUCAGAUGGAGAGUUUGUUUUACUUGGACUUCUCAAAUAACUCGCUUGUGGGAGAAAUCCCAAAGAGUUUGACAGAGUUAAAGAGCCUCAUUUCUACAAAUAGCAGUUCCCCCAAUCUUGCCAUCUCCACUGGCAUUCCAUUGUAUGUUAAGCGAAAUCAGAGUGCUAGUGGUCUGCAGUAUAAUCAGGCUUCAAGUUUCCCUCCAUCAAUAUUGUUGAGCAAUAACAGUUUAAAUGGAACAAUCUGGCCUGACAUUGGGCAGUUGAAGCAGCUCCAUGUCUUAGAUUUGAGCAGGAACAACAUAACUGGGACCAUUCCUAGCUCCAUUUCUGAUAUGGGGAACUUGGAAGUUUUGGAUUUAUCAUCCAAUAAUCUUUAUGGGUCGAUCCCUGCAUCAUUCAGUAAGCUCACUUUCCUGUCAAAGUUUAGUGUGGCAAAUAAUCACUUGAAGGGAGCGAUUCCAACCGGGAAUCAGUUCUCAAGCUUUCCCAACUCAAGCUUUGAGGGAAACCCUGGACUUUGCGGCGGAGUAGUUUCUUCUUGUGGCGUUGAAUCCAAUAUGGGGCCCCAACCAGGUAUCCCAUCUGGUUCAAAUCGUAAAUUUGGCCGCGGCAGCAUCUUUGGAAUAACAAUCAGCAUUGGGGUUGGGAUUGCAUUGCUCCUGGCCAUUGUUCUGCUUAAAAUGUCAAAGAGGGAUGUAGGAUAUCCAAUCGAAGAUUUUGAUGAGGAAAUCAGUAGGCCACGCAGGUUGUCAGAUGCGGUUGGAUCUUCAAAGUUGAUUCUUUUUCCAAACUCGGACUGCAAGGAUCUCACGGUUGCAGACUUGUUAAAGUCUACAAACAAUUUUAACCCAGCAAACAUAAUUGGCUGUGGGGGGUUUGGCCUUGUGUUCAAAGCCGACCUUCCUAAUGGCAUAAAAGCUGCAAUCAAGAGGCUCUCUGGAGAUUGUGGACAGAUGGAACGUGAAUUUCAAGCUGAAGUUGAAGCCCUGUCAAGAGCUCAGCACAAGAACCUUGUCUCUCUUCAAGGGUACUGCCAGCAUGGGAGUGACAGGUUACUAAUUUACUCCUAUAUGGAGAAUGGAAGCUUGGAUUAUUGGCUGCAUGAAAGGGUUGAUGGGAGUUCACUUCUUAGGUGGGAGACGAGGCUGAAGAUAGCUCAAGGAGCUGGUCGUGGAUUAGCUUACUUGCAUAAAGAGUCAAAUAUAAUCCAUCGAGACGUUAAAACUAGCAACAUUCUUUUAGAUGAGAGAUUCGAAGCUCAUUUAGCUGACUUUGGCCUCUCAAGGUUACUUUGUCCUUAUGACACCCAUGUAACGACAGAUUUGGUCGGGACCUUGGGGUAUAUUCCUCCUGAAUACAGUCAGGCAUUGGCAGCAACUUUUAAGGGUGAUGUUUAUAGCUUUGGUGUUGUUCUUCUUGAGCUUCUUACCGGUAGGCGGCCUGUGGAAGUUUGCAAAGGAAGAAAUUGCAGGGACUUGGUGUCAUGGGUGUUUCAGAUGAAAUCUGAGAAGAGGGAGGAGGAAAUAUUUGAUUCAUCGAUAUUGGAUAAGGAUUAUGAGAAACAACACUUGGAGGUGCUUGCUAUAGCUUGUAAAUGUAUAGACCAGGAUCCAAGACGGAGACCCUCUAUAGUUCAAGUUGUUUCAUGGCUUGAUGCGGUUGGAAACGAGGGUACUAAACAAUGAAUUUGGUUACUGUUCUCUCAUAGACUGCAGUCUCUUCUAGCCAGGAAGAGUUUUGAUCAAGUGACUGUUUCCUUGCUAUUGGAUGCUGACUAGCCUGAAUUUUGUAUACUUAAAGCCACCCUGCCUUUUUCUUUUACUUGAAAUAAGAACAGUAGUUUUACUGGAAAAAAAUACAAGCAUAGUAGAACCUAUAAAUUGUAUACAUUUUUCUCCUCGUAUAUGCGUAUUUUGAUGUCUAUUGAAUUUGAAAUCCUUCCUCUCUGCUUUAACAUCUUUUAUAAGGUGAUCAGCUGUUACUUUUCCCCUCUCUUUUCCUUUGUAUUUGAAUUGGGAUUCUCCGUUGCAGAAAGAACGAGUUACUCGAUACAUGGUAUAGCACGUGUUACACUUCAAAGUAUGUUAAAACGCAUCCUUAAUUUCUCUGUUUUUCCUCUAUAUAG